AAGCUUCACUCUAAGAAAUCCAGUGUCAGGGUGGCAUUUCACUUGUAUGCGCGUUUUGAAUUUGAAUUUGUGCGUCGCAACCUUCCCUUCUGCCAUGUAUUUAAAUGGAAAUUUUGAAACAGGUUUAUAUCUCCAGCUUUUAGGAAAUCAAGAUUUUAAUGUAUAAAUGUAGCUAAAAAUCAUAUGUACGUAGAUCCGUAUUAAACUCCUACAAUAUCAGUAGUAAACUUUACGAACAGGUAUAAUUUUAAUACCAAGCUGGAGAAACUUUAAUACAGGUAUACAUAUACCUCCAUGAAUAUACCAAAUUUCUAACACUCUUAAAAAUUAUGCGCCCCUUUUCAAAGUGAAUGCACUCUGAGUUCUAAAUUAGGUAAACUGUACCCAAUCCAGAGUCGCGUUAACUUGCCCAAGGGUAAAGUUUACUCUUUAAAUAGUUAACUUAAUUUAUAAUUAAAACUCUCGAUAGGGCUACAUUAAUUUUAAGAGGUGUAGGAAUGAGAAAUAACGGUAUUGUGCAAAAAUAAGGCGACCCCGGCUCCACUCGAAAGGAGCAUCUCCCAGAUUGAUCCCGGACGUAAUACCUUUAUACUACGCGACCGCCACAUCAAUGCACCCGUCAAAUCUCACUCAUGCUUUUCUUCCCCACUGAGGGUAAAUACGCAAAAUUAGUGCACUUUUAAUAAAAACUGUGAUCUUAUUUUCAGCGAAAUCACCGCCUCAUCAUGCCAUGGCUGAUCUGGAGCUAUGUGUCCCUUGUCAUCGGAGCUGUCGGGAUUGUGGUCGUGUCCAUCAUGAUCGCCAUCGCUGGACAAAUCGGCGUGGGUUUCGCUAUACUCGCUAUGGGUGGGUUAAUCCUGGCAGUGCAGACUUACUUUGUCCUCGUGGUGAAAAGAUUCGUCGACGAGUUGAAGGGAGGCGCGAUUUGUUAAAGUGUGGGACACAAUUUUUUAAUUAUGAAAAUAUGCUAAAUUUGCUUUCGAUAUUUAUCUGUAAAAAUUUGUAUUCAAAAUUUGUAUAAAAAUCAUACACAAAUGUGUACCACAUUUCAGAAAUCUUGUAUUCAGUUCAAAUCGACGUUACAGUGCGUGUUAAAUGAAAAAAUAUAUUUAUUAUCUUGAAAGCUUUUGAAUAAAUUUACAUCAUACUCACAAAAUUAACCGAUUUAUUAAACAGAGUCACCAGAUUUCUCAGAAGAAAUAAAUAAACGUUCUUCGAGAAAUAAGUACAUAGCUUCUCACAUUGCCAUAACAUCUCUUCGCUUAUCUAAGAAUUCCAGCUUGGCUCCAGUAAUCUGUAAUUUAAUGCGGUCUCCGUUUCAACUAAACCUUCAUGCCUACAUAUGUACAUAUGCACGUAAAUGAUAUUCAUUUAAUAUGCACAAGAAACUAGUCUCUAUUCCAUAUUCCUACUCCAAAGUUCAUGGUGACUCAUACGUACAUACGUAAAAGUAAUUUAUGUAUUAACGAUAAGGGGACAAGCACUGACCAGGAACAUCAAAAUAAAUACCGUCACAUAUUUACAUAUGUAUGUGGACCCUGAAAACAAGAUGGCAGGAAUUUAUGAAUGUACACAGCUGGAGACUUGUGAUAUGAUCCUAUGACAUAUUUACACUCUAAAUAAAAACAAGUAAAAUUUCCUGGAGGUUGCGUAAAAAGAGAAUGACAUAACCAAAAUGCAAAAUUGUCCAACAUUGUGCAAAAUUUAUCCACUCUUUUGACAAAUUUUGCACACGUUUUGGUUGUGUCAUGCAUUGUUACUCAACCAUGCUUAAUCAUGCUUAAUGCACAGCCCUUACUAAUUUGAGACAAGCGUUAUGUCACUUUUUCAAAGAAAAACUGUAUAUAUUUAUACUGCUAAAAAUCUGACAUAUUUAUUUAUAUACAUACUCCGGACUGGAAUUGAUUUGGUAACAACUUCCAACCGGAUUGGUGGUGGUCUGUUUGUGAAUGGUAAGUUUGCAUUUCCAAAUGGUAACGCCUGUUGUCACCACAGCCGGUAGAGUUAUAUAUGGGCGCACUCCCAUCGGUUAUGAUUUAAUACCGGUUUUCUAAGAGUGCUUGUUUGUACAUAUGUACAUUCCCGUAAUGUACUACAUAUUUACUUAAUUAGAUGAAGCUUGUCAAUCUUCACUCCCACGCCUGUUUCUUUGGUGACUUAUCAUUUGUACAUACAUAUCUCUCAUUAGGAACUGAAAAAUAAGACAAAACGAUGUCCCACACAAACAAAUUUAUUACUUUGCGUCCAGCCGAGAUACACGAAAGAAGAUCGCCCCUGGCUUUAAAUAAAUCACUCCAUAAGUCAAAAAAAUUAGCCGAAAUUCUUCUCACUUUCCCCACUAACAUCAUUAUUCAUACCGUUUUCUGAUUAAAAAUCUGAGACUAAUUUAAUUCGGAAAUAUAGAAAUGUCGGAAACUUGUUGUUUCGGAUGCUGCACGGUGGGACAGGGAACGCUUACCAUUGGUAUUCUCAAUAUUAUUGGAGGCAUCCUCUCCGUCGUGCAGAAUUCCAUUGGAGUCUACUUGAUGAUCAACGAUCCGGACAGAUUUCAGGAUUCUGACUUUCACCAACACGAAAGCCGCUACAUCACGAUCGGUUGCAUCCAGAUCUUCAUGGCGAUCGUGUUCUUCAUCUUGGCAUGCGUUAUGGUCCAUGGAUACCGCGUGCGAAAUCACCGUCUCAUCAAACCAUGGCUGGUCUGGAGCUAUGUGUCCCUUGGCGUUGGGGCUGUCGUGGUUAUGCUCACGUCCUUAGUCGUCGCCGCCGCCGGAGAAUUCGGCGUGGGUUUUGCUAUGCUCACUUUGGGCGGACUUUUCCUGGCAGUGCAGACCUACUUUGUCUUUGUGGUGAGAAGAUUCGUCGACGAGCUGAAGGGAGGCGGGAUUUAUUAAGGUUUCGGACACAAUUUUGGGUAAAAUUCUUGUCGAAAAACUAAUUCGAUUUUUACCUAUUUAUGAAAAUAUGAUAAGUUUGCUUCCCUACUUUUUUGUCAACUAUUUGAUAAUAAAAAUUAUAGAUAACUAUUUUAUGUAACUUAAUCCAAAAAAUUGUAUAAUUUUAAUCCACGUCAGAGAGCAUGUUAAUUAAUUGGUCAAAAGAUUCGUCGACAGGUUGAAAGGAGGCGCGAUUUAUUAAAGUUAGGGACAUAAGAUUGGAGAAGUAAAAUGCUUACUUACAAGAUCAUUUCUUUAAGUAAUCUAAUAUGCUAAUUUUGAUUUCGAUAUUAUUUUGUCAACUGUUUGUAAUACAUGUACAUAUGUAUUUUUUUAAUGUCCACAGUUUAAAGCAAGCGUGAGGGGUGAAUGUUAAUUGAAAAAUAAUGUUGGUUGACUUGCCAACUUUUGAAUAAAUUUAUAGCUGUUCUUCUCCAUACAAAGCACAAUCGAGUCGACUGAAUCGACAUCGACAAACUGAAAAUCAUGUCAGAAUUUAUCUGAAAGCUUCUGAAACUUUAGAUAUCCUCGUUUAAAAAUAAUCAAAAUCCUGGGUGUUUACAUACUUUUGAAAUAUUGGCUCCGGAAUUCCUACCUGUCAAUUGUACGUAAGUAAUCAUCUAAAUUUAGAUACUUUCCUGAGUACUGGUUUUAAUUAGAUACAUGCAUACACACUGAAGUUUGCUUGAAUUGUAACAAAAAGUAAAAUUGAUCAAAGUCUGAAUUGAAAAGUCAUAAAAUUUUUUCUAUGAUUUACCCAAAAUUUUAAUCACAUAUGUAUCAAGCCCAACGUAAAGACUAAACACUGAAUAAACAAGUGCAUACAAGCAUGUAUGUUAUAAAUAUUAACUGAAUUUACACUAAAUAUGCUCAUAAAAUUAUCUCAUUUAUUAAACAUCGUCAUUAGAUAAUGGCCAAGCGUUCUUUGAGAAAUAAAGAGCUUCUCACAUUGCCAUAAAACUUCUUUGCUUAUCUACCUAAAAAUUCCAGCUUGGCUCCAGUAAUCUGUAAUUUCCCACGUUAUCAUCACGUACAUAUGUAUGUAAGUAAAUAAUAUUUAUCU